ACUAGCAUCGCCAUGCCCUCUCCAGGUGUCUUCCUUCUGACUGACUUAAAUAACAACUGUGUCAAACUGAUGGACGUCACCACCCGUAACGUCACAUCCCGCCUCCAGCUGCCAGGCACGCCAUGGGACGUGUGUGCACUCCCUGAUGACCAGGCCGCCGUCACUCUCCGGGAUAAGUCCAUGAUACAUCUGCUGUCUACAAAAGGAGGGCAGAUGUUACGUAAAAAGGAAAUUAAAGUUUCAUCUAAUGGUCGUGGUAUUGGGUAUUACAACAAUAGAUUAUACGUGUCUUACGAAUCUAACCCGCGUAUUGAAGUGAUGACAUUGGAUGGUCAUAUCAUCAGAACAUUCCAAACAGAUGAUGGGAGACAAACUUUCCAACGCUCACUAUACCUGACUGUGUCAGCUUCCUCACCACCGACCCUGUAUGUGUCUGACUCCAAUGCACACGCCGUCCUCCAGCUGUCUCUAGACGGGAAGGUCCUACGAGAGUACAGUAAUAAGAAGCUCGAAUUGCCCCAGUCCGUGGUGGCGGUAGGUCCGGGUCAGCUGCUCGUGUGUGGGCCGACCAGUCACAACGUGAUGCUGCUAGCGGAAAGGGACGGCAAGAUGACGAAAGUACUGGGACCAAAGGACGGACUGAAAUUUCCCUACUCAAUGUCCUUCUGUCCCAACACCCGUACAAUAGUUGUCGGGAUGUUCCGUAAUGACUCAUUGAAGGUAUUUAAUGCAGACUGACUGUGUUUCUUCAUAAGUCGUGAUUGUUGUUUCUUCGGAAGAAAUAACAAUGCAUUCAAUAAUCUUUAAGCAAUUGAAAAGUAAAUGCAAUAACAUUUAUUUUACAAUUGAGCUUGCCGUUUUGAUUUGUUGUUACCUUGUGUUAUCAAACUGAAUAACCAUUUAUAUUAAAUGACAUGUACAAUAUAUCGAAAAUAUAUUAAGUUUGCAUUUAUGUUUAGCCAGAAAUAGAUAAACAUAUUGGUGUUAAUAUUGUAAUAAUAUCAUAUCAUUUUUCAAAUUACCUUUCAAGAUUUUUGAAUUGAAAUUUUUAUGUGUAAUUCCAGCUUCCAUUUGAAUAGUUAUAACGAUAAAAAAAACCUAUUUUAAAUCUUUUAGUGUAACGUGACAAAUAAAAUGUAUUUAUAUGUAUACAUUUUUAUAUUGA